GCUAUGAUUGGAAAGUGCUUAGUGUUGCUGUCAAUUUUACAAAAUAUAUCGUUGCAAUGUUCAACUCCAUCAUUCGACAACGCAUUAGUAAACGUAAACGAGAAAUACGUAAACGUAACCGGCUGUAUUUCGCCGGCUUCCCUCAACUACGCAGGCGAAAUUACUUACCUACACUUGGCCGAGCAGAACGUGCCCGAUUUAAAUAGGGGCGCCAUACGAAACGUUUCCAGCAAGUUCUACUUGUCCCUUCCCCGCAACGGCAUCGAGAUCUUGCGAGAGGAGGCGUUUUUAAACCUUCCGGGAGUUGCAGACAUCGACCUGAAUGGCAACAGAAUCCAAUGGAUCGUCGAAAACUCUUUCAGAGAUUUACCGUCGCUUGUUAGGGUGAGUUUACACAGUAACGAGGUGAGCGAAAUUUCACCGCGCGCCCUUUGCGACCUACCGAAAUUGGAGGAGGUCAUCUUUACGAACAACAGGCUGGAGACCUUUAACCAAGCUUGGUUUUACCGGACUCCUCGGCUUAAGGUGUUAAAGUUCCAAGAAAACUUUCUUAGAAGUGUCCCGAAAGGGUGUUUCUUUAACUUGCCGAGUAUUACCCAGAUCCACUUUGGGCACAACCAAAUCGAGUUCGUGGACAAGGACGCGUUUCGAGGUCUGAGAAGGUUGGAAACGUUGAGUUUGUUCGACAACAGGCUGAAAAACUUCGAGGUGGUUUUCCACACGCCAUCAAAAUUAAUGGACAUUUCACUGGCUUGGAAUAAUCUCACGUAUAUUUCUGAUCAGAUGUUGGAGACGUUGCGUCCUAUCGAUCUCGUGCUCACUCUAACCGGCAACCCCUGGCAGUGCGCCUGCUUUGACAAAGUAAUGAACUGGAAGAUGAAGAAUAACAAAACGCUUGUUUUUGAGUGGUUCCAUUUUCGGGAAGAUGGCGUUGUCUGUAUUUAUCCAAAGACGAACUCGGAUCAGUGUAUUCAACGCAGUGAUGAUGAUUUUCAAAAGGAGUAUUGGAUCCCGUUCAAAUAUUGCGUGAUGAAUUGUUAAUGAUGUGUAUGUAUCGAUUAUGUUGUAGAUAACAGAAGAUAAAUGAAGACCCAGGAAUUAUUUAACCAUCGGCUAGUUCAUAGAAAAUUUGUCUUUUUCUCUAAAUCUGAAAAUCAAAGAUUGACAAUCUGGUUUGAC